AUGUUAAGGGAAGUGAAAGAACAUUAAAGAAGUUAGUCGGGUAUUUUUACAGUAUCUCUGUGCAACAACAUCCAGACAUUGACAGUUUAGUAAUUACUAAAUUGGAAGAAUCUCAUUGAAGAAAUUGUAAUCUUUCUAAAUUCUCGUAAGAUCAGAAAUAAGGAAUAAGAUGAUUUACUAGAUCAUUUCAAUCAUGUUUACGAUUAAUCUUUUAACAAAGUGAAUGACUUUAAUACCAAUCUUUGGAAGAUGAUAUUGAUUAUAACACAUUUAUAAUAAGAUAUGUAAGUACUCCAAUGAAGUCUAUUAAUGUUAUAAGUCUCUUGAAAUGGGAGGGAUGACACCAGUAGAUGUAUGGUGGGUAGAAGAUCACUUAUUAUGGAGGUAUUGCUAAUUAUGGAUCAGUACAAGGUUGAAUAUGACAAUUUUUCGGAUUUUAAUUGUCUGAUCAAAUUUAUGUAUCUUUUGAAGGAGUUCACACGAAUAGAAUUGAAAUAAUUGAUCAAUUUCAUAAAGACUGAUCAUUCUUAAUAAUAAGAAUUGCCAAACGCAGCGAGAAGUGUAGAUAGUUUUCGUCCAAAACAGAAAAGAUUAGAUACCUUUUGA